AUGGAUUCAGUCGAAAUCUCCAAGGAUAAUGAAAGACCUUCAAAGUCAUAUUGAAUGGAACAAAACCUCUGCUAUAUCGCCUGCAAAAAACUACGUGAGAUUUUUAUUCCUGGAUCUCAUAAUUCUGGGGCAUACCGAUCUUCAAAUAAAAUUGUUUCACCUUGGGUGAAGUGCCAAUCAAAAUCUUUCCUUAACUUCCCAUCCUUAAUAGACGAUAUUAUUGAAAAUUUUAUGAAAUUAACCCUAUACUUGGUCUAUACACUUAACAUGAAGUCCACUCCCUACACUGCCAUAAAUCUAGAUAAUAAUGAUUAUUAAAGAUAUUGCUGUAUAAUCACUUAUAAUCAAUUCUAAUGCGAUUUAUAGAAUAUUUGAUAUUUGAUCUAUUAAAAAUAAAAUGGCUAAGUACGAAAGUGGUUGUCUCCGAGUAUCCUUCCUCCUCUGCGAUAUUUAUUAUUAUGAGAUUCAGUUUUCCAAAUGGACUUUAUCCACAAUGUCAAUACGAAAUUACAGUAUAGGGCAAAUCAAGAAAGGAGGCAUAUGGUUUUUACUGUUUCACACCCCGAAGAGGUGACCUUCAAGUGGAAUAAGCACUGAAGUCAGAUUCUGCGGAUAAAAGCGCAGCUCGUGAAGACUUUAGCCUUUUAGUGCGACUUCUGGAAUGCUUGCUAAAAUCAGAUGGCUGCUGACGUAACAACUUGGGAGUCAAAAAAGUGGUUUUCAGUCUAAAAAAUCCUGCUAAAGAAAGAAAACGCAUUAAAAUCUCACUAAAUAAGUAAGCAUACUUUAUCUCUUGGACAGCGAAUAAAAUAUUUUAUAUUUGGGAAAUUUUUUUCUUAUAUUUUUAAGGUCAUCUUUGAUCAAUGAUAACGAUCGAUUUGAUUAAGGAUAGAGGGUGUAAGCAGCUUAACGCCGGAGUCCGCUAUUUUGACUGUAGGCUUGAAUAUAGGACUGAUUAGAGUAAAUGAGAUUAACCCUGGCUUAUAGUCCCAUCUUUCACGAAUGGUAUUCUGUGCGACAUUAGUCACCUGGUUUCACAGCCGAAUUGGGGCUCCUACCUCUGGCAGCUCCAAGCCUAGGGCGAGACCCCUGGUUUCUCAGUAGUGGCAUUGCUCUGUUGAUUCGAAACCUUUGUUGGGCACAACCAUUUCCAACUUGGUCCCUUAGACCGCUUAGUGCUGCUGGCAAAAGAAUUUUCAAAAAAACUGUCAUUUAUGUUGUGCUUGGAGGAUACCAGAUAUUAUUGGGCCAAUUCAAAACUCCAAAAAUCAUGCCCAGAUAUACAUGGCUACAGUCACAUGAGAGGAUGGGUCGGACUUCAUCGCCAAUUUAUGUAUAUAAUAUAGGACUGAUAAAGGUCAAGAUCAUCUAUGGUUUCAUCAUGGAAAAUAUGACUGUGACGUUUCUAUAUUAGCUUUACUAGAUGCAGUCACUCAGUUUCUCUCAAGAAGCCCCAAAGAAAUAAUCAUCCUAGACUUCAGCCAUUUCCGAAAAUUCAAAAAAACUGCCUUUGAUGAGCUAAAUCAAUACUUCACUAUUCUCUCAGAUGUGCUAAUUCUAAAAGAUGAAGCAGAACUAACAGUAAUCGAGCUCUUAGAACUCGACAAAAGAGUAAUGAUCCUUACUGAUAAGCAUGAGUUUGGAAAUCAUCUCUUUGGAGAAUCUAUUAAUAAAUGCCACUCAUGGCCUGAUACAUCUGAAAUUAAACAGUUAAAAAAAUUUCUGACUCCCCCCCCCUUUAAAUUGAAACAAAAAAUUUUGUUUCAAUUUAAAGGGGGGUUAAGAAAAUUUUUUUUAUAAAAAAAUUUAUAUAUAAAAAUUUUUUCAGAGAUAAAAUUUUAUAGAAAAUAAAUUAUAUAAAUUUAAAGAAUUUCAUGAAAAAUUAAUUCAUAAAUUUCUCAAUCUCAAAGUGUAAACUUGCUGAAAUGGUAUUCUUCUAGCUCUCCCCAUAACAAUUGGACAAAAUAGAGUCUAAUUUCUAAAUCUUAUAUGUUUGAAGCAUAUUAAAUAGGGUAUUAACGUAUUUACAUAUAAAAUAAUGAUUUUUACCUAUAAAAAUUUUCUAUUAUAAUAAAAUUUUGUUUCAAUUUAAAGGGGGGGUAAUUUCCCAAAAAAGUAGGAAUUUUACCUAUAUUUUGUUUCAAUUUAAAGGGGGGGGGAGUGAAGAAAAAAAUAGCCCCUAAGCAAGAACUGUGGCUGUGUCAAUGUGUGCUUACUCCAAAGCUAUCUACUUGCAAGAUGCUUGCAAAGAAAUUAAAGCCAUAUUUGGAGAAAUGGUUUGAUAGUGUAUGGAUGGAUUAUGUAAAUAUUGUAUUUACAGAUUUCUCACAUGACAAUAAUAUAGUCGAUAUAGCGAUUCGAGCAAACCAAAGAAGAGGGAUGUUAAAUUAG